UUCAAUUCAUUAUCUUUGACUUUCGCUUUGGUUUCAGUUUCUGAUAAUAUUUCGAAUUGUUAUAAUUUAUUUUCGCAAUGUUGAACGUUGGAAUUUCAUGCUUAAGAUCAUGCUUAAGACAAGCAGAUUUUAAAAAUGCUGCUCGAAAUUUGUCUCUAAGAGCCAUGUCUGUCAAAGCUUCAAGCAUAGCAAAAAAAUAUAAUUGGGAAGAUCCACUUUUGUUAGAGUCUCAGCUUACAGACGAAGAAAAAGCUAUAAGAGAUACUGCACGAGAAUAUUGUCAAGAAAAACUUUUCCCCCGAGUUUUAGAAGCUUAUCGACAAGAAAAAUUCGAUCGUGAAAUUCUUAACGAAAUGGGGUCUUUGGGUCUACUGGGAUCCACUAUUCAGGGUUAUGGCUGCGCCGGCGUUUCUUCAGUCGCGUAUGGUCUUAUUGCUCGUGAAGUGGAAAGAGUAGAUAGCGGGUAUCGAUCCGCUAUGAGCGUACAAUCAUCACUUGUUAUGCAUCCUAUUGAUGCUUAUGGUACUGAGGAGCAGAAACAAAAAUAUUUGCCUAAAUUAGCAACUGGUGAACUUGUUGGUGCUUUUGGAUUGACAGAACCUAAUCAUGGUUCUGAUCCGGCUAAUAUGGAAACAUAUGCACAAAAAGUAAAUGGGGGAUAUAUUUUACAUGGAUCAAAGACUUGGAUUACAAAUUCACCGAUCGCUGAUGUUUUUAUUGUUUGGGCAAAGUCAAAAGAAGAUAAAAAAAUUCGUGGGUUCAUAUUGGAAAAAGGAAUGAAAGGACUUUCGGCUCCAACAAUUAAAGGUAAGUUGUCUCUUCGAGCUUCUAUAACAGGAAUGAUCAUGAUGGAUAAUGUGCAAGUGCCCGAAGAGAAUUUAUUCCCAAAUGUCGAAGGUUUAAAAGGACCAUUCGGUUGUUUGAAUAAUGCACGUUAUGGAAUUUCUUGGGGCGUUCUCGGAUCAUCCGAAUUUUGUUUAGCCCAAGCUCGAGAUUAUGCCCUUGGCCGUCACCAAUUCGGGUCGCCAUUAGCUAGAUUUCAAUUAAUUCAAAAAAAAUUUGCCGACGCUAGUACUGAGAUUGCUAUCGGUCUUCAAGCUUGUCUUCAGGUAGGCCGAUUAAAAGACGAAGGUAAAGUAGCACCUGAAAUGAUUUCUCUUGUAAAACGUAAUUCCUGUGGCAAAGCUUUGGAUAUUGCACGUUCAAUGAGAGAUGUUUUAGGUGGUAAUGGUAUAAGUGAUGAAUAUCAUAUUAUUAGACAUGAGCAGAAUUUAUGUACAACAAAUACUUAUGAAGGAACGCAUGAUAUUCAUGCUCUCAUUUUGGGAAGAGCCAUUACGGGAAUUCAAGCAUUUACAGCUUAAAUAAAUAAGUUAUAAUUAAUUUUUAAGAUAUUUAUUUUUAUUUAAUAAAUUAAACAAUUUUAUAGUUAGAAUGAGUUUGAUGUAGGAUAAAUUUUCUAGCAAAAUCCUUCCAGAUUAAGUAAAAAAAAAAAAAAAUUUGAUCCGGUUUAAUUAACUAAAUUUAGAAUCUAAUAUAGUAA